GGUGCCCUGCCUCUGCCGACGGGUCCAGCCUACUUCCUGGUGGAGCAGCAGCAACUGUCCCGACACUUCGGUGACCUGUCCACUAAUUCCGCUCCGAGGAGGUUUGUUGAUGUUCUGCAGUGGUGGGUGAUUCAGCCUUUUACCCGGCGGCAUACAUUUGCUUGGGAAAAUGGGGAGCACGUUGAUGGAGCCCAGCAAUAAGGGAGGCUCCAAGAAGCUGCCGAAGAGGAGGAGAAGUCUGCGUAUUAACAUGCCCGAUUUCUCGCCAUUUGCUUCUCCUCGGGUGGAAACGAGUUGCUCAGCUAAGAGCCCAAACACGGGGGAGUGUUGUCUCCAUCCAGCCAGCCCCAGCAAAGGGGAGCCUGCCACCAACCCGCCGCCUAGUCCGCAGUCGGCCAUGGUGCAGUACAAGUCCAGCUCCGGUUCCCCGAAGAACAUCUUCCUCUCUUCCUGUUAUCAGACCUCCCCAGCCAAAUCCCCCCGUCGCCUCAGCUUCAGUGGCAUCUUCCGCUCCUCAUCUGGCACCAACCCUGCAAGUGUCAAAAUAUUCUCCCGGGCCCGCAGAGCCUCUGGAAUCUCCACACCACCUACCACCCCAACGCAGGUCUGCAGCCAGCCCGCGUUCACUCAGGAGGCCCGCCAGAGCGGCCUAAGCCCGGAACGCCUGGGGGAACGCUCCCGCCCGCGCUCGGUGUCCACGCCUCUGGACACAGGACAGCGCCUCGGCCCUCCCUCCGCCAAACCCCCAAAACCUUCUUCCAGCCCCAUGCCAGCAUGCUCUACCUCACAACAAGUGUCCGGUUUAUUCGAAGGCAUGCUGGAGAAACUUGAACUCGACGACGAUGCUGCUGAGCCCGAGAGUGAUAUUUACAUGCGCUUUAUGAAAUCACACAAGUGCUACGACAUUGUGCCAACCAGCUCCAAGCUGGUCGUGUUCGACACAGCUCUCCAAGUUAAGAAAGCCUUCUUUGCUUUGGUUGCCAAUGGCGUGCGAGCGGCUCCACUCUGGGACACGGAGAAGCAAAGCUUUGUGGGCAUGCUGACAAUCACAGACUUCAUCAUCAUCCUUCACCGAUACUACAAGUCACCAAUGGUGCAAAUAUACGAGUUGGAAGAGCAUAAGCUUGAGACGUGGCGAGAGGUUUACCUCCAAGCGACGUUCAAACCUCUUGUCAACAUCUCGCCUGACGCAAGCCUUUUCGACGCCGUGUACACGCUCAUCAAAAACAAAAUUCACCGCCUGCCUGUCAUCGACCCCGUCACCGGGAACGCACUUUAUAUUCUCACGCACAAGAGGAUCCUCAAGUUCCUCCAGCUCUUUAUGUGUGAGAUGCCGAAGCCAGCUUUCAUGAAGCAGACCCUGGGAGAGUUGGGCAUCGGCACGUACCAAGACAUUGCCUUCAUCCACCCCAACACCCCCAUCAUCAAAGCCCUCAACAUCUUUGUAGAGAGGAGAGUGUCUGCUUUGCCCGUGGUCGAUGAGUCAGGCAAAGUUGUGGACAUCUACUCCAAAUUUGAUGUCAUCAACCUGGCAGCCGAGAAGACGUACAACAACCUGGACAUCACGGUGACCCAGGCCCUUAAGCAUCGCUCUCAGUACUUUGAAGGAGUCAUGAAGUGCCAUAAAAUGGAAACAAUGGAGACCAUUGUGGACAGAAUUGUCAAAGCAGAAGUGCACCGGUUGGUGGUGGUGGACGAGUGUUCCAGCAUCGAGGGCAUCGUGUCCCUGUCGGACAUCCUCCAGGCCCUGGUGCUCAGUCCAGCAGACAGCUACAAGGAGGAAAACCUGACCGACUGAGGGGAAGCAUCCGCUAAAGACGAGACGUGGUGAGAGCUCAAACAAAACAACCAAAAAAAAAAAACGUUCAAAAACAAAAAGUGAGUUGAUGCUACGUAGAAACCAAAGAGGAGUGAGCACUGAGGACCGCACUUGUUGAAUGUAUCAUGUUGACUGUUCUAAUCAGACCAGUACGUGUACAUACAAUAUGCUGUGUACAUAUCUAUAUAGAAAUAUGAUAAAAACAACACUAUUCUUGGCACCUUGCAGGGGAAAGGUGGACCAGAUCAGAUGGGUUUGAAAUUGUUGAGUGGUUUUGAGUUUUCAGCAUUUUGUCACACAGAAGGUUCGAAAGAAAACAAACAGUUCAGCUUUAGAGUUAUUUAUGAAGAGUAAUAAUCAUUUCACUAUCUUCUAAUUCCAGUUGAGACCAGGUUUUUGUGUCCGGGUAAUUUUCAGGUGAGCAAUGUUUAGAGCGGGUGAGAAUAGAAUAUUAGUCCAGUCAGUGUUACUUUUGGCGGGUAAGUCCAAAUGAUGCCUUUUUUUUUUUUCCAGUUUUGGAUAAAAAGCAAAAAGUGACAAAAGAAAAGACAAUUUUUGCAAGUGGUGGUCAAGGUUGCAUCGCCGCAGGUUGAGGGAGGCAUCUCUUAGUGGGAAGGUUGGUCAUUUGUACACGAUAAAUAAAUACUACUGCUUAGCACGCAACGUUGUGUAACGACCAAAGUCGUGCUCAUCGUCAUUAAACACGCCGUCUCCGCAUAAGCUAAGGUCAUCUGAAAUACCGCAUGCGUCUCUACUCUUUAAUUCAUCCGACACGACUAUUAACAUGCUUUGGUAGUUGCUGCUGUUUUGUUUAGCAGCAGAGUUCAAAGGGCUCAGCAGUUAAUACAUUAAUAUUUGAACAUCAUAGCAUCUAUGAGGUAAUUCCAAUGAUGAACCGUUUUGUUCUUGGUGGGGGGAAAAAAGGGAUCUGUGUAUUUGAGGGAGGUGGUUAUGUGGAUUCCCGGUAAGUGGAUGAGGCACAUUAUGACAGUUUAUUCAAGAGGCAGCCAAAUAUGCUUUUCAUUGGACAGUGACUGAAGUUGCGCGCAUAUAAAAAUGUUUUUUUUUCUUCUAAAAAGGUGAUGCUAACAAAACAAAAAUGCCCGCAGCAGAACUUGUGACUCAACGGACUGUAAAUAAGAUUGUGUUUGUGUCACAGAGAGCUUUAUUUUUUAUGAGCGUGUCAUGAAAAAGAGACUGCAAUUUUCUGCUGAUUUUAUUUUGUAAAUAUACUGCUGGAUCCACAUGUACUGUAAAUGUGCAAGCAUGACAAAUUACAUUUACAGCAGUAUGAAUGUUCUUUUGUUGUUGGGGUUUUUUUUUUCUAUUUUUCUGCCUGCAGAAAAAUAAAAGACACUGAAUGUACUAUGUUUUUA